GUACCUGGCAGCUCCAGUACGUUACACGUGUAAGACACCGAAGAAAGUCGGCAACUGGGUGAUAUGCCAGGAUGAGCCUUACACCAUCCAACCUCCCUGCUUGGUCUAUUCCUUUGGAAUCAACAGGGAGUACCAGUUCGACGAUGCCAUGGCAAAGAUGGGAUGUGAGGUGCAUAUGUUUGAUCCCAGUAUGAAAGAGAAGGACCAUAUGAGAGGCACAGCCGCUUUCCACAACAUGGGGAUCAGCAGCUACAACACUGACGCCUUCCUACCCAGGCGUGAUGACUAUGUCAAGGACAAUCAGACCUGGAAAAUGAGAACUGUGAAGACCAUCAUGAAAGAAUUAGGCCAUGAGAAUCGUGUGAUCGAUGUCUUCAAGAUGGACGUGGAGGGAUCUGAAUGGACAGUGAUUGACAACAUGCUGGAGACAGAUGUCUUCAAGUUCAUACGGCAGUUUGAUUUAGAAUAUCACCUCUUUCAUGACUACCCUCCUCCCGAGGAGUACGUUCACUUUUAUCAGGUCUUCACCGGACUGAGAGAAAUCGGCUUCAGGGAGUAUUUUAGCUCUCAGUACAAGCGAGAAACUAAGCGAGGCAGUUUCAGAUACCAGACUGAUAUGGCUUACGUGAACGCGUUGUUCGACAGAACAUCUAAAAGUACGGACCAAUCCUCCACACACUAA